UGCCUUCUGCCCGGAGGGCACCGUCCACCUUUUUCGCCUGACACCUCGCCGUCUCGAGGGAGGGGAAGGAGGGCGGCCCGUGACUCCCCCAACGCCGCGACUGGCGGCCGAAUCUCGGUUUUUUUCUCUGCCUGGUGAAUCCCCAGUUCCCGGAGAUCGAAGGAUGCAGUUUCGCCUCUUCUCCUUUGCUUUGAUCGUUCUAAACUGUAUGGAUUACAGUCACUGUCAAGGCGGCCGGUUGAGACGCGGCAAGAGAGCAAACUAUGGGCCAAAUCCAAUUUGCAAAGGUUGUUUGUCUUGCUCAAAAGACAAUGGAUGCAUCAGAUGUCAACAUAAGUUGUUCUUCUUUCUACGAAGAGAGGGAAUGAGACAAUAUGGGGAAUGCUUGAAUUCCUGCCCAUUGGGGUACUAUGGUCUUCGAGCCCCAGACAUGAACAGAUGUUCAAGAUGCAGAAUAGAGAACUGUGAUUCUUGUUUCAGUCGAGAUUUUUGCACCAAAUGCAAACUUGGCUUUUAUCUCUACCGAGGCCGUUGCUUUGGAGAAUGCCCCGAAGGUUUUGUCCAUUUAGAUGAAACUAUGGAAUGUGUGGAAGGUUGUGAGGUGGGCCCCUGGAGUGAGUGGGCAGCUUGCAGCACAAAUAACAAGACCUGCGGAUUUAAGUGGGGUUUGGAAACGAGAACGAGGCAAAUUGUAAAAAAGCCCGCAAAAGAUACGAUACCGUGUCCCACCAUUGCAGAGUCCAGAAGAUGCAAAAUGGCCUUGAGACACUGCCCAGGAGGAAAGAGGACACCGAAGAAAAAGGAGAAGAAGAAGAAGAAGAAAAAGAAUUUAAUGGAACGAGCUCAGAAGCAGCACAGUUUCUUCCUAGCUACAGACCAAGCUAGUCAAUAG